UAUCGUUUUUUCUGUGAUUUUGAACUGUGACGAUUUAUCGCUCACCCACUACCGGGUGCUCUAAAAAAUUUUCCAGUGAAUUUCGCCGACGCCGAGCUUAUCUGCUGCGAAUACUUUUUUCUUUUAUUAAUUAGAAGAAAAUUAAUUAACAACAUGAGAUAUAUUGCUUCUUAUCUAUUGAGCUCCUUGGGAGGCAAAGAACCCUCUGCCUCGGACAUUGAAAAAAUCCUUUCAUCCGUCGGAAUCGAAGCUGAUAAUGAUAAAAUCCAAUCCGUUAUUAAAGAAUUGAAAGGCAAGAAUGUCGACGAACUUAUCGCCAGUGGUCGAGGUAAAUUGGCUUCCAUGCCCGUUGGUGGUGGUGUAGCCGUUGCUGCCGGUGGUGCUGCUCCUUCAGCCGCUGCUGCUGAACCCGCCGCUGAUAAGAAAGACGAUAAAAAAGCUGCUAAAGAAGAAUCAGAGGAGUCGGACGAUGACAUGGGUUUCGGUCUUUUCGAUUAAGUUCUUGUAUCUUUUUUAUGUAACUUUCUUUGUUAAAUAUAAUGUUGACAAUUUUUUAA